AAGUUCGAGUUCUGAGCUCAAACACUGUCAGUCUUAUGUCACGCAUGGAUCUUAAAUAAAUACAAAAUUCCGUCAUUUAAAAGCUAACCCGAAAGGGGGUUUUCAUUGGGACUUGGGAAGCCAUGACGUCCCGCAAUGUGGCGGCCACUUUCGAUCGGCUGGUGCAACUGCCGGGCGUGAUUGGCGCCAUCCUGGUCGACGGCAAUGGCGUGCUCGUGCGGACCAAUAUCGCUGAGGAUGCCGCCCAGAUGUACGCCAACCGGAUGAGACCGCUGGUGGUCCUGGCCCGCUCCAUGAUCCAUGACAUAGAGCCCGACGAUCGGCUCAGCUACGUACGGCUGCGCACCCGUCGGCAGGAGCUGAUGGUGGCCACCGAGAACCAGCACACGAUCAUCCUCAUCCAGGACAACCAGGCGCUGGACGAAUCCCGGCGGAACACUGCCGCCUCCCGAAGAGUUUCGAGGCAGCAAGGGAGCUGAGUGUCUGCAUGCGGGCACCACAAACCAAAUGACACAAACAAACUGGGGAUGGGGAUGGGGAUGGGGAUGGGAAUGGCGAUGGUGAUGACCGGGUGAAAAGUCCUUGCACGGGCGGGCUAACAAAUCCCAAACACCGAACUGAAAUUGUGAGCCGGGCACUGCUGCGCUCGAAAAAAGCACGCAAAAUAAAAAUCCACAUCCAGGCGGGGUAAAUUGUGUUUGUGUACCCU